GUUCUUCGCUAUUUUGCGUUUUGGCGCUGAUUACAGCAGCCGGAGAGACGACAUUUACGACCGUAUUUGCGACUGCAAAGUCCCUGUUAGGGACACAAACAUCUAGCCUACAAGGGAGCAAGCGUUCCCUUGUUAUUUUUUGUACAUUUUUACCCCAAAACCACUGCCAACUUUGUACACAACGACAAAAAAACACCGCUUCAGUUCCGUUGGUUUCAGUAUGGCUUUGUGAAAAUUUGCGCCAUGUUUAUGCAAGAAUUGGUCGAAAACGUUUUUUCUCCUUUCGGAGUGACCGUUUAUUCCACUUCAGUUUUUAAUUCAAAACUUCAUAGAACAGUAAUUUGGGCGGUGGAUGUGCGAGAAGCCCGAGGAAAUGGAGGGAAGAACAGCUGCCCAGAAAGGAGUAGUUGUUCCUUCUCAGCUGAAUGGACGAGAACCAGCACCUAGAAAUAAAGGUCAUGGGAGAGGUAGAAAUAGAAGAGGUCAGUUUAAUGGAAGAUAUCCCAGUCAAGAACAUUGGAGACAGCAAAGAGACUCCUCUGAUAGGAGAGAUGGGUUUAAUCAACCACAGAGACGAGGAACUGUGGCUGACAGAAGACCUCCUGCAAGAAGACCCUAUCAAACCAGUGUGGAUUCAAAGAAGGAUUCUGUGACUGAUUUCCUGCACGAUAAUCCAGUGACUGGUCCUGGUGCAGGCUCAAAAAAGUAUGGCACUUCAUUAAACCACUUAUUGAACUUCAAGUAUGCUCCAAGAGAGAAGCCAGUUGUUUAUCGCCCAAGAAGUGGCAUCAAAAAGUACACUCCAUUUAAUAAAGAACAGUUCAUUCAAGCCAAUUUUCAGUUUGUCGUUUCUGAUUCUGGUGAUUAUACCAUUCAUGCUAUGGAUCCUGAUGUGCUUGUGGAGUGGGAUUUCAUUGAGCAAGUGCGAAUCUUCAGCCAUGAGGUGCCAUCAUGUCCAAUUUGUUUAUAUCCCCCAGUUGCAGCUAAGAUAACUCGCUGUGGUCACAUCUACUGCUGGUCAUGUAUUCUUCAUUACUUAAGUCUGACUGAUAAGUCAUGGCACAAGUGUCCUAUUUGUUUUGAAGCUGUACACAAGAAGGACUUAAAGAGUGUUGUUGCUAUGGAGUCACACCCAUUUUCAGUAGGAGACACUAUCACUAUGAGGCUUAUGAAGCGAGCUAAGAACUCUGUGCUUGCCAUUCCUAAAGCUCAGUGGCAUGAGAGGGAAUUAAAGCCUUUUGGAAUCAAUGAUGAGGGAGAUACGUGCUACGCAAAACUGUUGCUGGCCUCUCCAGAUGAAGUUUUAAAACAGAUUGUUGCACCAGAAGAGGCAGCCCUUAGUACUCAGCUUAUGGAAGCCACGAGAGAACAAUCAGAGGAAGUCUGUUACAUUGAAGUAGCACUGGAUGAAAUAAGGGCUCGUAAGGAGAGUCUGAGUGAUUCAAAAGACUGUGUAGAAGAAGUGAAAAGUCUUGUAGAGAGUGUUAUGCAUUUUGAGGAUGAGGACCAUAACAAUGGCCAAGGAGUGACCAGCUGGAAAGUGCUAUCCCCAAAUGCGAUUCAAGGUGUGGAUGACUAUGAGGCAGCCUUCUCUGAUGAGGAUGAAGAAGCAGGGGGCAAAGGACAAAGCUUGACAGAUGAUGCUUCAACUUGUGAUAUUGCUGCCUCAUCAGUGGAGGAAACCUGCAAUACAGCUGAGGUGCUGGAAGAUCCUCAUGGCUCUCCUGAUGACAAGAAGGAAGAAAGGCAUACCAGUGAGAGUACAUCAGGAGAUUCUGACUCAGAGUCUCCAAGGCCUUUGUCUCCUGGUCAUGUGUCUGCACAGUAUUACUACUUUUACCAAGCUGAUGAUGGCCAAAAUGUAUUCUUGAGUCCCAUAAAUGCUCGCUGCUUGAUCAAGGAGUAUGGAAGUCUAGAGAAUUGUCCAGAAUACAUUACAGCACAGAUCCUAGAAAUGGAGGCAUUGUCCCAAAGUGAGGCUCUUCGUAAACAGUACCGCUACAUGAGUCAUCUUCCUUUAACCUGUGAAUUUGUCAUCUGUGAACUGGACAUCAAGCCUCCAGUUGUUUCGCAUCAAACACUCAAUUUCUUUAGAGGGGAAUUACUCCACCGGAAACAGCAGCGACAAAAGAAGUUAAGAAUGGAAAAGAAGAGAGAAUUCAAAAUUACAGCUGGUAGUGGUAGAUCUUCUUACAGUUCUGCUAGAUCUGCCAGUAGAUCUGUGGUGCCUGAACGGCUGGACCUUGCGAGUGAUUUAGAGUUUCCUGCUCAAUCAGGUCAACCGGCCUUAUCACCACCCAAUAACCCUUCACCCAGCCCGUUCAUGCAGUUUGCUGCCAGCAUGGCUAGCCAAGAUGAAGGUCAUGGUGUAGUGGCAGAAGUAGGUGGAGCCAAUUUGCAAGACGACCUGGGAGCUAACCCUCCAUCUUUUGCCGAGGCACUGAGGUCCAAGAAAGGCGUUGACAUUCCCAAACGGACGGUAAAGCCCAAUCAAACAGUUUCAGCAGUGGUGAGGACGGUUACUUCCGUUGAAAAUGAAGACGAGGAGGACUGUGCACCAGUGCCCACUUUCCAGUCGGCCUUCACCGAGGCCCUGGGUUCGGCUGGUUGGACCGGAAAUGGUGUCAACCCGGAAGGCCAAGACGCUACAGGAGAGAGGAACAGUGGAAAGAAGCAGAAGAAAAACAAAAAGAAACUUCUGUUUACCACAGGAAGCUUCAUGAAGUACUCUUGAAAAAGCAAUUUACAUUCAAACGGAUCAGUAUCCAUUGUAAUCUGUAAGGUAAUUUGAACUAGAAUUGAUUGUAUUGGGAAGGACUCUCUGUUUAUAUAAUUAAACAUCGCAAGUGUUAGAUAUUUGUGCAUUGUUAUAAAGGUGUUGAUAACAAUAAAGUAAUUAUUGAAACGGA